GCACAACUGAAUGAGAGGACUUGAGACACACUUGGGCAGCCUUAAAUUCUGGAUGAUGCCCUUUAGCAAAGCGAGAAAAGAAGACAUUUGCCGAAUCAUUCACACUGAAGGCACAGCUGAUGAAGAGCCCAAUGAACAAUGUCAGAAACAGAAGCACAAAAUGAAAAUGCCAAAAACUAUGGAAAAAAUGAAAAGCCUUAGAAAACACAGAAAGAAUUCAAAAUCUGAAGCUGCUCUCACCCCCGAAACACUCUUAGAAGUGGACCUUGAUGCCAUUGAAAGCAUAGCAGAUUCCCCCGGUGAUCAUCAAGCGGAAGGUCAGAAACAAAAAAACAGAAGCAAAAUAUCAGAAAAAAUAAAAAUUCCUGACUUCAAGAAAAGGCAGAAGAGUUUAAAAUCCCCUGGAACUCCAACAGUGGAGUUAGAUUUCAAUGGGAACCUUGAGCAGAACCGUUUGGCUGAAGCACAGCAGCAGCUGUUGGAAGCGGAGGAAUGUCUCUUCAGUUCAAAAGAUUUGACCAGGGCAAAAGAUGAGGAAGACAAGCUGAAUAUGGACUAUGAGAUCUUUAUUUUGCGACUGAGAUUGGUCAUCCAGGACUCUUUCAGUGAGGACAACCAGGAGACACUCAAGAGUGCUUUGACUUCAAUACUUCAAGAGGAAGCACAAGACAGACGCUGGGCAGAAGUGGCCGUGGAUCAGCGACCAGUAUGGAGACCCACAAGGUGCAGACAGUUGCAUGACACAUUACUCCAGAUUAUUGUGGAGCAACACAUGAAGAAUGCAGAUGAAGAGGAGAAUAAAGCAGACAACCUGUCUACUUCCUUGAAGAGAGAGGUGUUCCGACUGGGCAAACAAGUGAAGAAAGACCUGCUCAGAGUGGUCCGAAAUCUGAGAGAGUGUUACCCACCAGACUUUGACAUCUGCCAAAUGUAUGCUCGGCUCUACCAUCAAGCCUUUUCCACCAGACUCCAAGAGCUUUCCAGAUCCAAUAUCAGUUUAGAGGAAUGCCUCUAUAUAUUGAAUUGGAUUGUGGAGUACUACCCAAAAGAUGUACUGAAGCACAAAGAACUAGAGGAGCACAUCAACAGUUCAUCACUUGGACCUCUGUUACCUGAAGAGGAUCUUCAGAGAUUAGGGAAACAGUGCUUCUCUUACAAAGAGAAUGAGAUCAGAAAGUGGUUAUCCAAUGCUUUAGAGAAAGAAGUAAAAAAAUGGAGUGAUGACAUCGAACCAGAGCUGAUGGAUGGAUACUACUUCAGUAACUUUGCAGUAGAUGUUUUACCACUUUUAGAUGGGGCUGUAAAAGAUGUCAACAGACUUUUGAGCAGUGAAUAUAAAGCCUGGAGUCUUCUGAACCAGCUGGACAGCUUUCUUCUGUGCUAUAAGACAGAUAUGGAGAAACUUAUCAAAAGAAAACCAGAAAACAUUAAAAAAACUCUCAGUGCUAAUCUGGAUAAUAUUUACCAAUUUAGGGAUUAUGUACAAAAACCAGAGCGUCCUUUAUCAGAGGAGACCAGAACAGCUUGCCUGUCCACAUUAGCAGAUCUCAAAAACAUUUGCCACAAAUACUUCCUCAGUCGAAUUCACUCAGAACUAAAGCCGCUGUACCGUAAUCUGUGGAAUAAAGUCUGGUUUGCUGGACAUUGUGAGGUUGUGGAGGAGCUGGUGAAGACGCUUGAGAAUAUCAUGGACAAUUUCCAAGAGCUAAAGCCCGUCUGCAGAGAGGAGCUACUGGCUGAGCUGCAUGUAGAAGUAAUGGUUGAGUAUGUGAGGCGAAUGAUGAAGAGAAAACUGAAACUGAAAGACAAACAGCAACAAGAAGCAGCUGCUGAGUUCAUCUGCCACGACAGCAAUAAAAUCUGCUCUGUGUUUGACAAAGUGGGAUCCAGAGAGAAAUGGCUCGGUCAAAUACUGCCAAACUUAUCAGAGAUUCUGAGACUGCAGGAUCCUGGGAGUUUGCAAAUUGAGAUAGUUACUCUGGCAAGAGACUAUCCUGACAUUAGUGAGCAGCACGUUCUUGCUCUCCUAAACCUGAAGACCAAUCUUUCAAGCUCAGAUCUGUCCAAGAUCAAAGAGUGUCUGCGUGAAAACAGAGGCACACUGGACACAGAGUCCCCUACUUCCUUCUUUUCUAAAGUACUCGUCAAACGGAAAAUCAUGUGAAUGCCCUGUUACAUCUAUAGCAAAUGUGAAACAACUGUCAUUCACGCUCUAAUAGAUCAUCAGUAUUGUUAUGUAAUAUAAUUUUUAUUAUUAAGGAAACUCAUGUUAUUCUGUUACAGUUCUCCAAAACUAAAGUCUACUGGACACUUA